AUCAAAGACGCGGCAUUCCGCAACCGACUAGCACAUGAACACGACAUACUCUGCUUCGAGAUGGAAGCCGCUGGUGUGAUUAGUACCGUUGACUGUUUGGUAAUCCGCGGCAUCUGCGAUCAUUGCAACGCCCAAAAGAACGACGUCUGGCAGGAGUACGCUGCUGCUACAGCCGCGGCAUAUGCGAAGCUUUUGCUCGGAGUUGUCGCCAAAGUGGAGGGUACGUGA